UGUAUGUCUUCAGUUUAGAUAAGUUUCUGAUUUUGGUAACGUCAUAAAAUAGAAAUAUGAAACUUUUUAUUUACUUUAUGUCUGGAGUUUUAUUUCAUGGAAUUCAUUCUCAAAAUGAUGAAUACAAAGAAAGACUGGAUGCCAUGGAACGUAGUGUGGCAGAAAUGAAAGCGAAAGCAGAAAGUUCUGAAGCUAGACUUCGCGCUGAAAUAAAAUAUUUACACAAUCAGGUCGAACAGGACCAACAAAAAAUGAAACUUAUGGAAGUAUCUUACAGAACAGAGCUUGAAAAAGUUCACCAUAGGCUUGAAGGAUGUUCCAAAAUAUCAAAAAACUACGAUAAAAGAAGUCUAGAAGCGGAUAUGCAGACAGAAGUAGCCUUCUUUGCAAAGCUUGGACAGGAAAAGACACAUCUGGGAGUUGAGCAGACAAUUGUCUUUGAUGAUGUGGUAACAAACAUUGACGGGACUAACUCUCCUGUGUCCUACAACCGGCAUACUGGCGUGUUCACCGCACCCGUCAACGGUUUAUACGUAUUUUCCACAACAAUUCUGUCGUCGUAUCAUUCAACAAGCCACUUUCGAUAUUACUUGAACAACGCACCGUUAACAAUUAUGUACGUACAUGGUAAUACAAGUAGCGGAUGGGAUUCUGCCAGUCAGACGGUGGUACUGAGUUUGAGCCGCGGUGACGCCGUAUCGGUAAAGAAUACGGAAAAUGACACAGGAGCGCUUGGUGGGGGACAUUCAAUAUUUUCCGGUUUCCUGUUGCGCGAACAUGAAGGAACUGUUAUUGUUGGCUAAAACUGUUUAUAAAUGGGAAUAAAAUAGAUAUAGAA